AUGUCGGCAGCUUCUCCAACCUGUUCAGGUCAAGGUGACAGAAUCAUAGACAUCAAUGUACCAGUCAACGGGUCUGUGAACAUCACAUCCCCAGACUACCCAGACAACUAUACCACAAACAUCCGUCAAACGUGGCUGAUCAGCGUUGCAGAGGGCCAAAGUGUAGUCUUGUUUUUCAGCCAUUUUGACCUGGAACCAGCCUACGACUACAUCAAGAUCGGUUUCGGAAAUGUUUCGGGACUCGAAGAGACUCGGUUGAUCACGGUCUCGGGGGAUUCACUUCCGUCGGAUAUCAAUACCCGGCAUCGGACAGCAUGGAUGGAAUUCGUAUCCGAUUCCGCUUUCGGUUUUUCCGGAUUCUCAAUUGAAGUCGCUGGCAAAGUGGAGAUGGUAGAUUUUUUCCCCGAAGACAUACGGAAUCAAACAGAUGGACGUUUGUUUUUACAAUCACCCAACUACCCAGACCACUACUUACCCAAUACUCUUAUUUCCUAUAUCAUCGAAGCACCAGAAGAUUAUUACAUUCUCGUCCGUGUCUUGACACUUGAUACUCAAAGGGGGUUUGACAUCCUAUACAUCGGCGAGGGGAAAGAGGUAGGUCAACGGGAUACGAUCCGGGAGACGUUGACCGGAGAUAAACGACAUAUAACAGCUUACCAUGAGUCUGAAACAAGAUGGCUGUGGAUACUGUUUGUCAGUGACUACACCAAUGUUCUGUCGGGAUACACCAUGCAGAUAUCAUUCGUCACACCUAAUUAUCGAUUAUCACUGAACGAACCGAUGCUCUUUCGUCCUCCCAUUGUUUACACAUCCACCUGGAGAUUUUUCUUAUCAGCCAACUGGACCUUCGAGGGACCCAAGGACUCCGUCUUCAGAAUUCGCUUCAUAGACAUGAACCUCCACGUGGGGCUGCAGUACCUCGUGGUCGGAAUCGGCCUGGAUUUCUUCGAUCUGGAGGCCUGGAGGUUCGGAAUAAGCGGCCACGAAGAGCCCCUGGACAUGAUAUCAGAUUCCCACCGAAUGACUAUGUUAGUCGCUAGUUAUACCGAUGCGGUGAACGGUAGUAUUUUGGCUGAAGUCACGGCUAUUCCUAAACCUGAGGACAUUGCUCCCGUCUUCGUACCGGCCGAAGAAUCAGUGAUCCUCACCUCCUCGCAUUACCCCCAUUCCUACCCUAACAACUAUCAACAAGUCUGGCACGUUGCAGCUCCGAAGGGAUACGUCAUCCGCAACCGCUUUCUGGAUUUCGAUAUGCCUUAUGACAACGAUGGCCUGUCAGUGGGAAAUGGUCUCUUUUACUAUCAAGGUGGUACCGUUUUAGGAGGAUGGAGUGGUCGAAUUUCAUCAGAUACUCUUCCAGUCUUUACGAGUAUCACCAAUGCCAUGUAUGUGUUCUUCGGAACCGAUCCAAGUGAUUCGGGACGAGGGUUUAAGAUGGAACUGACAGCUAUAACAAGACCAAUUAUCUUGGAAGAGCCCGACGUCUACACAUUGACCUCGCCAAACUACCCCAUGCCGUAUGAGAACAACGCCUUCAUCCUCUGGCAUAUAACGGUUCCUUCGGGUUUUGGCGUUCUUCUCCAUUUCAUCGAGUUCGACCUCGUCGACGAGGGCGACCUCCUCGUCGUAGGUAAUGGGGCAUUUCCCAACGACACAGACAGUGUCGUUCAGGCGAUCAACGGUCGUGCCGUACCGUCCGAUUUCACGGUCUGGUCGGAGAGAGCAUGGAUUCGGUUUACCACUGAUGGGAAUGGAAUCGCAUAUGGAUUUAAGCUUGAACUGCGAACCGCUCUUGGAGAUGGACAUUGUCUGAUACCCAUGGGUCUUGAAGGUGGUUGGAUUGAUGAUUCUAGUCUCACUGCGUCAUCUCAGAAAGACAACCAACAUGGUCCUAGCCAAUCUAGGUUACUUGGACUCUCAUCUUGGAUACCUGACCCUGAUAAAAGCGAUUCGAUCCUCCAGGUAACAUUUGGCCAAGCAUCCUAUGUCACUGGGCUUCUUAUCCAGGGAGGGCCGGAAAGCCAGGGAACGUGGAUCUCAUCUCUCAUUGUCGGAUUCGAUGACCUAACCGAAAUCAGACGUCAAAAGGAGUGGAAUCCGAGAGACAUUUCAAUGGUUCUAUUUAAUCGCCCUCGUCUAAGUGAAUACUUGAGAAUUCAACCUGUCUCAAAGAGCGCAGAACUGAUCUCCCUUCGCUUGGAAGUACUUGGUUGCAAGAAUGACUGCCAUUUUGAUUUGGGCGUGUCAUCUGGACACCUACCAUCCUCCAACAUCUGGGUCUCAUACCAUUUCAACCAAUCAGGAGUUCAGAGCGACGACGUCAGAAUGAAACCAUCAAAUCACUACCCGCCAAAUGAAUGGCUAGGCCAAUUAUCCGAGGACGAUGAGAACUUUAUCGUAGUGAUUUUCCAAGAAGAAGUUUUGGUCCGUAAUGCUAUCAUCCAACAGUGCAAUGGAUCUAGAAUCAUAUCAUUCAGUGUUGAGGCUUUCCAAGGCGAUAUCACAAUUUUGGCAGAUUUUGAUAUUUCGGACUGUUUUUCUUCAGCCUGUAAAGUCUCGACAAGAUGGACUGAAAGUGCUAAAAAAUACAAGAUCAUUCCAACGAAAUGGGAAGGAGAUUUAUGCUUUCGAUUCGAAUUUCUCGGAUGUACCAGCAUAGACUGUUCCACUUCGUAUUGUAAUCUUGGUAAUCAUGGCAAAGGGAGCUGUUCGUCGAGUUCCCUCUCGAAGAGUGCUCAGGAAUUCACUCGAAAUCUCUCCAUAUCACUUCCUCCCCGCGCACAGUGCCUGGCAAAUAUCACUGCACCAGAGGAUGCUUAUGUUUCUUUCAUCUUUGAUGGCUUUGGUGACGUAAAGGAUAUCAAGAAUAUCUCAGACGGGGUUCUGAUAUUACAUGACCCGGAAACACAAUCAACGACAAACUUUGACCUCGCCCAGGUUCCUCCAGUUGACAUUUCCACCUCGUCUCAUCUCAACCUGAAGAUUCUAUCAGGUCUCUUGACCGCUACAUCAGAUGUCAUUGCUUCUUUUGGAUAUGUGGAUAAACCAGGCUGCAAGGGAAAAGAAGCCGACACUGUCCACUCAUGCACACAGAGCACUGGUCUUUUCUUCUCACCAAACUACUUCGACCUGUACCCUCCGAACCUCGACCGUUCCUGGGAGAUCAGUACUCGGCCUUGGUCUCAAAUCAUCCUCCGUUUCAUCGAAUUCGACGUCGCUUCCCUCGAUGAGCGGUGCCAAGAGGACUUUGUGGUUGUCACUGACGCAUCGAAUUCGGCAAUCAUCGGGCGCUUCUGCAGUCAGGCACCACCAUCGGGCGACUACAUGUCUUCUUUAAACAGGAUGCGUCUUUCUUUCCACUCUGAUGGGAUUGAAGGUGGCGCGGGAUUCUUGGCAGAAUAUGAUACAGGGCAUCUGAUACCUGAUGUGUUCUCGGCAUCUGAUUUUACCAAUGAGACUUGUCACGCGGGUUGGGACUACUUCCGGCGAUCCUGCUAUAAGCUCUUUGUCAGCUCUGACGUCAUAACAUGGAACGAGGCAGAGGCAGAAUGUGAAACCGUAGAGGGCGCACACUUGAUCAGUAUUCACGAUAAGGAUGAAAUGACGAUGCUACAUUAUAUGAUCUCAACUCAGUGGCAGACGGCUGGUAGAAAGACGUACAUAGGCCUCGGAUAUAGGGACCAAAGAGGGGUAUUCAAAUGGACUGAUGGAACACCCAUGUCUUAUACUGAUUGGUAUAUUCCCCAAAACAAUGAAGAAGGAGAAAAACAACCUGACGGUGGAAUGUUAGAAGCAUGCACAAUGCUAGUCUUUGAUCCAGCCACAUCGACGGAUCUUUCGACAGAUCUUUGGCAUGAUGUUGCCUGCGCUUCUCCUGAAACGAGGCAGUUUGUUUGCAAAACCCAAGCUACUGGUUCGCAGUGGAAUUCAACAGCUCAUAUCUACAAACCAGAUUCUAUUGGACAAUGCGAUCCCGGACUAUUCCAUUGUAGCUCAGGGGAGUGCAUACGUGACGUCUUUGUAUGUGAUGGUGCCAAAGAUUGCAAAGACUUCAGCGACGAAAAUGACUGCUUUUCAGGUUGCGAUGACAACCAAUAUGAAUGCAACGAUGACUCAUGUAUAUCGAUUUCGUUUGUCUGUGACACCAUUUCUGAUUGUGAGGAUAAUUCGGAUGAAAUUGAUUGCGUGUAUCCGAGGUGUUCGGAGUCGGAGUUUAAAUGUGACAGUGGUCAAUGCAUAGACUCUCUCCGGAGAUGUGAUUUUGUUCCUCAUUGCUACGACUCUUCUGACGAGGUUGACUGUGUUCUGGAGCUUUCAUCAUCAGCGUUCCAAUGUUUUGAUGGGUCUUUGUUUCCAAGCAAAGUUAGAUGUGAUGGAAUGGUCGAUUGCAUCGGAAAAACAAUAGAGGAUGAAGAUCGAUGCGCUUACCUCAAUAAUGAUUUUUCUUGUGACUCUGAGACUGAACUUACUUGUGAUAAUGGCGCAUGCGCACCAUUGGCCUCCAUCUGUAUGUAUGAACUCGAUGAAGUUGGUUUCCUCAAUAAUUGCCGUGAUGUCACAAAUUUGAAAGAAUGUGAGAAUCACACUUGUCCAUCUUGGACAAUGAAGUGUCCAGACUCUUAUUGUAUUCCUCUAAGAUACCGGUGUGAUGGGAAGCUGGAUUGCCCAACAGGGUCUGAUGAACAAGACUGUGGUUCAUAUGAAUGUCCACCUGGUUCUUACCGUUGCCAUGGUAGCACAGUAUGUAUCAAUCCUGAUCAUGUCUGUGAUGACGUAAUACACUGUCCUGGUCAUGAUGAUGAAAUAUUCUGUGCUGGAUGCCCUAAAGGAUGCUCAUGUACUGGUCUUUCAUUUACCUGCCAUGUCGGAACAUUACAAUUUACAUCCCUUCCGAGGAACCUCCGAAAACUGUCGCUUGGUUGUGAAAAUGAGAUCGCAUGUGUAAGUGGUGAUACACGGGUUGCCUUGGAAGUGAAUAAGACCGAUGAACGUACUACGAUCGUACCAUCCUCGUUACCAUUCCUUAUUGAACUAUCUCUUAAAAAUUCAAGAAUUUCAGAUAUUGCAAAAGGAUCAUUUUCAUACAGUUCAAACGUCUUGUAUCUGUAA